AUGAGCCUGAAAGGAAAAAUAGCCAUUGUCACGGGCGCCUCGCGCGGAAUCGGCGCUGGCAUCGCGCUUGAGCUAGCAAGGCAGGGUGCAAAACUCGCCCUAACCUACACAUCUCCAAGUAGCGAGCAAGCUCUAAACGACCUGUGUUGCAAGAUCCACGACCUCAACAACGGCUCCGCUGCGAUCAAAGUCCAAGCCGAUCUCCGACAGCCAGAGGCCCCAGACCAGAUCCUCGCUGCAACGUUCCAGGCAUUCCCCACCGAAGACAACAAGAUCGACGUCCUCGUCAACAAUGCAGGUGUUUCCAUGUGCAAGAACCUGGUCGAAACGACCCACCACGAUAUCUCCUCCGUCUUCGAUCUCAACGUCUACGGCAUGAUCCUCAUGACCAAAGCGGUGAUCCCGCAUCUGCGCGCCCCAGGCCGUAUUAUCAACCUGAGCUCCGUGGCUGCUCGUCGAGGGUCGUCUGGCUUCUCGGUGUAUUCUGCUUCCAAGGCAGCCGUGGAGGGAUUCACGAGGUCGUUGGCGUGUGAACUCGGACCUGUGGGCCAUACCGUUAAUGCGAUUGAGCCCGGGGCGGUGGAGUCCGAUAUGCUGCGCCGGGAUGUGCCAGAGGAGGUCGUCGCCUACAUUCAGCAGAAUACGCCCUUGGGGAACCGGGUGGCUGUACCGGAGGAUAUCGCUCGGGUAGUGACUUUCCUGGCGGGGGAGGGGUCGGGAUGGGUGACGGGGCAGAGUAUCUGUGUUAGCGGAGGAUUACAUAUGAAUUGA